GGCCAUUCGUCCAGUCCCAAUCCCUUAAAUACCAGCUACAUUGACCUGAUUUUGCAAAAGUCCCCCAACUGCGUAACUACCACCAUCAGCUCACCAGCGAUAUUGUAAUAAACUGUACCAGUCUCACUACUACUCUUACAAUCUUGCAUUCGGCUUCCUCAUCCUCAUUCAACGAUGGAUAGCUUCACUACCUUUGAGCUCAUCGCUCCCGACGCCCCCAUCUUCCCUUCCUCUGAAGACGAUCAAGUCCUUAUCGACGCUGACACCAAAGCUGGCUAUGCUGGCUACUGUGUCAUAACCUAAUGGCUUCUAUUCCGUCGCAUCCCUCCAACACUUGAGAUGGGUUAAAUUAUCGGUCGUCGUCAUCUAAGUAAAGCACUGUUAUCAUGUUAUCGUCAAUAUCCAAUAUCCUCGCACAUCCACCAUUCCCACCACCAACCAAUCCACGAAAGCUGCUCUACUUUAGACAGCCGGGUUCAAGUUAAUUAUUGCGCAGGUUGAAAGGCAUAGGGUUGCGCCUGAUUCGUUUUCUUGUCUACUGUAUUUCCUUUCGUUUUCUCUCCUCGGUUUCUCUUUCAAGGCUAUAAUAUUAUGGAUAACAUUAUGCACUGUAUCGUUAUAUAUUUCCUUUUUUUCGGCGCUGGUUGCAUUACCUGGAGCUCAUUAUGCCUACAAAGCUUCAAACACUGUACUAUACUAUGCACGACACUACUACUAGUUCGUUGCUACCUACGAUCAAUUACUUACCAACAUACCCUAUUGAUUGGAAGUUUACUCAGAUAGUGUUCAUUCUAUCUUACUUACGUUACUUCAUCUUCAUGGUCUUGCAACAUCUAUAGCCUCGUCAACUGGGCUUUCAUAUCUUACGUUAGCACUAGUAGUCGUAGUGUUCCUUUUCAAUCUCUCAUAUAUUUCCCCCUCCA